AUGGCGCCGCUCUUGGUCCCGUUGCGGUGUGGACUCCACGUCCAGAAACGCAGGUUAGCCGUUCUGCUCCAGCAGGGCAGCUCGUAUCACGUUCGGAGCUGUGAUAACAGAACCGGGAGGACCGGCGCUGGUGGCGGUAAAGGGAGGCAGCGGAGCGCGUAUCAGUUACUGGGUCCAAAUCUAACAUCAUCAACAUGGGCAUCAAGUCGAGGGAACAGUCGGCAGAUACUGGAAGCUGCAAAACAUUUGCAGAUACCAGAGAGAACCUGCUGGCACGGCCACGCUGGUGGAGGCCUGAGUGCAGAUCCCAAAAAUGUGCUGAAGGAAGUGAACACAACAAAGAUUCUCUCAGCGAUGCUGUCGUAUGUUUGGCCCAAAGAUCGGCCAGACCUGCGAGCUCGAGUGGCCAUUUCACUGGGCCUGCUAGCUGGAGCCAAGAUGACCAACGUGAUGGUGCCCUUCAUGUUUAAAUAUGCAGUGGAUGGCCUGAACCAGAUGUCGGGACACAUGUUGAACCUGAGUGACGCGCCAAACACGGUGGCCACCAUGGCAACGGCAGUUUUGAUUGGCUACGGCGUGUCGCGGGCUGGAGCAGCUCUCUUUAAUGAGCUGAGGAAUGCUGUGUUUGGGAAGGUGGCCCAGAGCUCCAUCAGGAGAAUCGCCAAAAACGUCUUCCUGCACCUGCACAACCUGGACCUAGGCUUCCACCUGAGCCGGCAGACCGGCGCGCUGUCCAAGGCUAUCGACAGGGGUACACGGGGCAUCAGCUUCAUCCUCAGCGCCCUGGUCUUCAACCUAGGGCCCACAGUUUUCGAGAUGGCACUGGUCAGCAGCAUCCUGUAUUAUAAAUGCGGCGGUCAGUUUGCACUCGUUACUGUGGGGACCUUGGCGGCCUACACAGCGUUCACCAUCGCAGUUACGCAGUGGAGGACCCGUUUCAGGAUAGAGAUGAACAAGGCGGAUAACGAAGCUGGCAACGCGGCCAUCGACUCUCUUCUCAAUUAUGAGACUGUUAAGUACUUCAACAAUGAGAAAUAUGAAGCAGAGAGAUAUGACGGCUUUCUGAAGGUUUAUGAGUCCUCCUCACUGAAGACCACCUCUACCCUGGCCAUGCUGAACUUUGGACAGAGUGCGAUCUUCAGUGUCGGCCUCACAGCUAUUAUGGUGCUGGCUAGCAAGAGCAUAAUGGCAGGAACAAUGACUGUGGGCGAUUUAGUGAUGGUCAAUGGGCUCCUCUUCCAGCUCUCAUUGCCACUGAACUUCCUGGGUACAGUGUACAGAGAGACCAGACAGGCCCUCAUCGACAUGGACACACUCUUCACCUUGCUCAGCGUGGACACCAAGAUCAAGGAGAAAGAGCUGGCUCCUCCGUUGCUGGUUACCCCUCAGGAGGCCACCAUCAGGUUUGAGGAUGUCUACUUUGAGUACUUGGAGGGACAAAAGGUCCUCAACGGGGUUUCCUUCGAAGUGCCUGCUGGGAAGAAGGUAGCAAUUGUCGGAGGCAGCGGGUCUGGAAAAAGCACAAUCGUCAGGUUGCUCUUUAGGUUCUAUGAACCCCAGCAAGGAAACAUCUAUAUCGCAAACCAGAACAUUCGAGAUGUUAGUCUGGAAAGUCUGAGGAAGGCUUUAGGGGUGGUGCCUCAGGAUGCAGUCCUCUUCCACAACACCAUCUUCUACAAUCUGCAGUACGGCAACAUCAACGCUACGCCGGAGGACGUGUACAGAGUGGCUAAGCUUGCUGGCAUCCACGACGCUGUCCUCAAAAUGCCUCAUGGAUAUGAGACACAGGUUGGAGAGCGAGGCCUGAAGCUUUCAGGUGGAGAAAAACAGCGUGUUGCCAUUGCCAGGGCGAUCCUGAAGAACCCUCCUAUCCUGCUGUAUGAUGAAGCCACUUCUUCUCUGGACUCAAUUACUGAAGAGAACAUUCUCUGUUCCAUGAAAGAAAUGGUGAAAGACAGGACGUCCGUCUUCAUUGCCCACCGACUGUCCACCGUUGUGGAUGCAGAUGAGAUAAUUGUGCUGAAUGAGGGGAAGGUAGCAGAGCGGGGUGACCACCACACACUCCUGAGCUUGCCGGGCAGUCUGUACGCCGACCUGUGGCACACACAGAACAGCAAGGUCCUGAACAGCAACAGCAACAGCAAGCCCACGGCCCAGGCCGAACGCAUCUCGCAGAAGGAGGAGGAGCGCAGGAAGCUGCAGGAGGAGAUCCUGAACAGCGUGAAGGGCUGCGGCAACUGCUCCUGCUGAGCAUCCGGCCUGAACACAUGCACAUAUGUGGCUUUCUGGGGAGUCAGACUUUGCGGCUUUCUCAUUCCGUCCUAAGGCUGUACAGAGCUGGAGGAUGAUGGGCACACUAAGGCUCCUUGUGCCGCCCCAAGACUGACUUCACCCUGAAAACAUGACCAAACGUAGGCCUGAGUCCACUGGUCAUCCUGACUUUGGCCAGUAAUGUUGGUUGAUUCAGCAGCUCUUUUCUCUAUCAGUGGAAUACUCCAGUGUUUUUCAGCCUAAAUGCUUCAGUCUGCUGUGUCUGUAGGAUAUUGUUGACCAGCACAGACGCUGGUUCAUGCACUUUCCUGUAUUCAGUAACCAAACACACAAACCAUUGGCUCAAAACUCUUCUACAAUAGAAGUGCAAAAGUCAACAUUUUUCAGUGUUAACAUCACAAAAUUCUUAAAAAAAAAAAUUACAGGAGUGAAUGCAUGUUCCCUGUUUGACCCUUUGUUCCACCCUGAAGCCCAGCUGUAUGUUGCUCCUUCCCAGUUGCAGCCCAUCAUUCAAAUACAGGUUUUAAAUGGCAGAUCCCAUUGAUGGCUUUCUUGGGAAAACUACUCCAAGCUACUACUGCCGUGAAUUAGUUUAUCACCAAAGCACAUCAACUUACACAUGAGGUAUAAAUUGCAAACAAAACAGCAUUGAGUGUGUUUACAUGCACUCAAUAAUCCGAUCAUAAUCGGAUUUCUGCAGUUAUUCGAUUAUUCAAAUGGUCAUGUAAACACCAUACUCUGAUCUAGAAAUCCGAUUAAGAAAUCUGAUAAAGGGGCUGGAUUUUAGCUCAGUAAUUAGAUUUCUCAGUGCAUGUAAACUCUUACACUGAUUUCUUUCGGAUUUCACACAUGCGCAAGAUCAGACGGCGGUACCAGAAAUAAGCGAGCAGCGUCGCCGCGAGACGCAGCAAAACACUUUUAGAUCGACGCUGAAACCAAACACGAAAUGAAGGAUUUAAAUAUUCUUCAUCUUCUAGAUGAUGUAUGUUCAUAUUUUCAGGUUAAAAAAAAGCUGGCAGAUGGAGAUUAGCUUGAAAAACACUGGGAUAAUUCUUUAAAAACUGGCUUGUGGCAAUAUGCACUUCCACAGGCCACAUUCACUGACAUGCCUUUCAGUGAGCACAGUGUCUCCAAAGCCUGGUCCUGCACCCACCCUGCAUAGUUUAGUCUUCUCUCUGCCCUUACAAACCCAGUUCAGCUUAUGAAGGCCUGAUUAGCAUAUUAAUUAGACAGGAAAACACCAAACUACGCAGUACCUUCUCCAGGAGCAAGUUUUGGAACCACUGUGUUGACACAUUAUCAAGGUAUUUAAUCUUGUUUUAAAUUAUUAUAUAUUUUCCAUGCGAUUAAGAACUGUAGGUAGCUGUUUUUAUCAUGGGUGUGUACAUAUUAAAAUAACAUGACAGGUUUGUACAAGAGUGAAGAAUCAUAUUGUACAGGAGCGAACAUGUCAGACAGCUUUUUGUAAGUGAAAUGUAUUAACUGGAUGUAACAGGAACACUUUAUAUACUUAGUCUUUUGGAUAACAGCACCUUACACUAAUAUCUGGUGCUACAUUAUGUUAUUUGUGAGAUCAGCUCUUUAGCAGAUUAUUUGUAUCAGAAAUGAAAUGUGAACAGAAGCUGAUUGUUGACAGAAAGAAGAAAAUAAAACAUCUUAAAUGGA